AUGACCACGAGUCGUUUCCACGGCCUGAAAACAGCCAUUCGCCACGAUCCGAAUAUCAGUGCCUUGCUCGACCUUGCCAGUACACAGCUGCCUAAGCUCCCUAGAGGUUCGGCAAAGUAUCUGGCCGACAAGGCGCCGAUUGUGCAAUGGAUCCCACGGUAUGCGCUGUCGUGGUUAUGGGAUGACCUGGUGGCCGGCCUCACCAUUGGAAUCCUCCUUGUCCCGCAGAGUCUUGCUUACGCCAAAGAAGCCAAUAUCCCUGCCAGAUAUGGACUUGUCUCGAGCUGGCUUCCGAGUCUGUUUUAUGCUAUUAUGGGGACUUCGAAAGAUGUCACUGCCGGCCCAACAGCAAUUAUGGGCCUCUUAACGGGCGAGAUUGUAAACGACCUCGUUGCCGAAGGAUACGGACCCAGCGCCAUUGCCAGCGCGGCGGCAUUCUGGGUUGGGAUAUAUUCACUGGUCCUCGGACUCUUCCGUCUCGGUUUUCUUCUCGAUUUCAUCCCCCUUCCAGUGCUUUCCGGGUAUGUGUCCGGUGCAGCGCUCACCAUUGUCCUGCAGCAGCUCAAGGCUCUGUUCGGAGAGGGCAAAUCUGCCAGUAACACUGCCGGCGUCAUUCGGGUGUUUUUCCAGCGCCUCCCCGAUACAAAUUGGCGGGCGUUCUUGGUGGGAUUCUCAGGAAUUGUGAUGCUCGUGGGCCUCCAAUGGGUUGGCCGCGCAUGGGGCAAGAAACACCGUGCUUUGUGGUAUCUGUCCGUAGCCCGCAACGCGCUUGUGCUUGUUCUCUUUACCCUCAUCAGCUGGGGGGUGAACAAACUGCGCAAGGACGACCCUCUAUUUGGCAUUUCCGAAGUCAUCGGCACAGGAAUCAUCCCCCCAAAGACGCCAGACACGGCUCUGCUCGUCAAGACUGCGGGUCGUAGCGCAGCGUGUUUCCUCGCUGCUGCGUUGGAACACCUUGCUAUUGGGAAGGCGUUUGCUCGCCGCCACGGAUAUAUCAUCCAGCAAGACCAGGAGCUCAAUUACAUCGGCCUUGUCAACCUGUUUGGCAGCUUUUUCUCGUGCAUGCCUAUUACUGGGGGGUUCUCGCGUACCGCGGUCAACUCCGAGUCCGGGGUCAAAAGCCCUCUUAGCGGGCUAGCUACCACUGCUUGCGUGCUCGUCAGCAUGUACAAGCUGACCGAUGCCUUUUAUUGGAUUCCGUCUGCAACGCUUUCGGCCAUUAUCGUCGUCGCUGUGUGGCAGAUCAUCUUGCCUCCGCGGGUCUUUUGGCAUUAUUGGAAGACUUCAUUCGCAGACUUUGUUGGAAGCAUGGUCUCCUUCUGGGUCACGCUCUUCGUCAGCGUAGAGAUAGGCAUUGCUUCAGCGGUUGGCUAUAGCCUGGUCUACGUGCUCCUCCAGCUGGCCUUUGCCCGUGUGACGGUGGUAACUCCCGACAAUUUCUCCAAGUUGUAUCCCACUCCCCCGUCUGGACCGGGAUACCAACCCGUGCCUGAAGGCACGUUGGUCUUCAUGCUGCAAGAUUCAGUGCUCUAUCCCAAUGCUGCUCGCAUAACACGUCGCAUUACAGACUAUAUACAUACGUACAGCUCUGGCGCGCAUGAGAAUCCGGCGACUGGGCCAGAACAGACUCCAGGUUCCCCGAACAGACUGUGGAACGACACCAAGACUAGACAUAUCCACAAUCUACGGAAGGAGGCCGGCACCAGCACCUCGGAGGAAAGCUUCCUGCCUCAUGUGGACACUGUGGUUAUUGACAUGACUCGAGUGACGCACGUUGAUGCCACCGGCAUGCAGGCGCUGGCAGAUAUCCGGGCGACAUUAGAGGAGUGGGCGGGACCAGGCGCAGAGCUCAGGUUUGUCGGAUUAAACGAGAGAGUCAAGGACCGAUUCCAUCGAUGCGAAUCUUCCUUCCAGAAGUCCCAAAACAACAAGGGGCCGCAGGAUGCCGGCUACAUUGUGUUUGAUGUAUUGCAGACUGCGUUGUUGAAGCGAGAAUCCACUAGCUCGCCCUCUAUUAGCUGUGACAAUGCAUCAAUCUAA